ACAAAUAAUCAAGUUUAAUAAUAUUUUAGAACGUAUCCACCAUGCCUUCCGAUUCUACUAACGAUGUUGUACAGUCUAUCUUACUUGGAAGGCCAAUAAUAAUUCAUCGGCUUCUUGGAGGUGGAAAAGUUGCGGAUGUGUUACUGUGGAGGAACACAAGUGUAUCCGCUGCGCUUUUGAUUGGGAUGACGGUGAUAUGGUUUAUUUUCGGGGUAGUCGAGUACAACUGGGUGAUCCUCCUCUACCACCUCUCCAUUACCACACUGCUCAUAAUCUUCAUAUUACAAUUUGUCAAAAAUUUUUUGGAGGUUAUCUUCAUAUCGGCGAUUAUUCCAUCCUUUCGAAAUAACGCAAUUAUUUUUCUCUAUAUGUUGCCUGUGAUUGGAACCUAUCUCAGCUCUCUGAAUCUUCUGUACUUGGGGUUCAUCUACUUGGGAAUACUACUGCCACUUCUGUUUGAGCGAUUUGAGGAUGACGUUACUCGCCUUGGUAUCAAAAUUGCCCAAGAGUCGUUUGCCUUGAACACAUGAAAUCAUUAUGUGAAGAUUUGUGUAAAUAAAAAGACAACCUACCAAUAAAUAUAAUAUAUAAUAUAUGUAUUGUAUUAUUAAUUGUACAACAAACUCA